AGUCGCUUCCUUAGAAAUACACUUCGACAUAUUAAUUCCCUGACAACGUGAAUUGUUAAAGUGAUGAGAAAAUACAUUUCAGAAGGCAACCUAUUGGUUGGUGAAGAUGUGGUAUUCGAGCCUGCUGAGGGUGGAUUAGGUCAUGAGGUCUUUAAAGCUUUGAACUUGAACAAGGGAAAGAUUGUUGAGCGUAUUCUGGAAACUGGAGAGGAGAUUUCUUAUGACGAUCUUCUUAUUAGAAGUGUAAGAGUUGCCUUAUUUUUCGCUGAAAAAAAAUUGAAGAAGGAUGAUGUUGUCUGUUUAUGCAGCAGAAACAAUAGCCAUACAAUGGUAACUCUUAUAGCCUCAAAAUUUGCUGAUGUUCACUUCUCUGCGAUGGAGCCAACGUUACCUUUGGAUGAUAUUAUUUAUUUAAUAAAUCUGAUUCGACCUAAGGUACUAUUCGUGGUUGAAAACGUCAUAACUAAAAUCGAGGAAGCAUUUAAAAAAUUGGAUUUCCGAUGUGAACUCGUUUUAUUAGGAUGUGAGUCGACCAAAUAUACGAACAUACAUCAGCUGUAUUCUCCCAAAGAGGAAGAGGAAAAAUAUCGUCCAUCGUUUGUUAAAAAUCUCAAAGAAACUGCAAUCAUAUUUCUUAGCAGUGGAACUUCUGGAAAACCUAAAGCAGUGUGUGUGAAUCAUUAUGCGCUUCUGGCACAAAUAUACAUCUUGGCAAGCCAAUUCCAUCGGAAAGGAACGGUGAGAUUCAGCAAUUUCACCGAAGAAUUCUCUACAGGGGAAAAUUCAAUACUCCACUAUGCACCACUGUAUUGGUUAACAGGUGUAAUGUUCAGUAUGAUUCCUAUAUUUUGUGGAGGUACCUUUUUGAUAGGCACUUCCUUUAAUGCUGCGAAUGCUUGGAAUGCGUUGGAAAAAUAUCAGCCAGACUCCAUUAUCCUACCACCAGGACAAACAAACGAACUAUGCUCCUACGGCUUUUCCAAAAAACGCAUCAAGAGUGUUAAUAUUUUUGGAGUAGGUGGCGGUUUUGUCACUACCACUCAUAUGAAGGAUAUGAAAAAAUGUUUUCCGAAUACAAAGAUCACUCAGUUGUAUGGCCAGACAGAAAAUACUGGACCAAUAUCUCUUUUCAAUUCUAGUGAUCCAGAGGAAAUGGAAUACCAACAGAAUCACCUCAACAGUUGCGGAAAACCAGUGAAUGGUUUUAAGAUGAAAGUAGUAAAUGUUGACACAGAAGAAAUUUGCGGCCCUGGGGAAAGGGGAGAAUUGAGGACAUUAAGUAAAUACAUCAUGAAUGAAUAUUACAAAAUGGAUUCAAGUUUUGCCUUCGACUCGGAUGGAUGGUUCAAAACUGGCGAUCUAGUUUACUUCGACGAAAAUGGCUGCAUAUAUGUAGUUGAUAGGAUAAAAGAUCUUAUAUUAUAUUCCCUUCACAAUAUUGCACCUUCAGUUAUAGAAAACAUUCUAAAACAACACCCAGCAGUCUUCGAAUGCUGCGUGGUCGGAAAGCCACAUUUAAGAGACAACGAGCAUCCAAUUGGCAUAGUGGUCCUACGGGAAGACCAUAAGGGAAAAACUACAGAAGAAGAGAUAGUUUCAUUCGUAAACGAACGCGUACCUGAUGAUAGGUAUAAAAUACGAGCAGGCAUUAUAUUCAUUGAAGGAAUGUUGAAGACUUCUACCGGAAAAAUCAGAAAACUAGAAAUGAAAAGAAGACUAAUUGAAGGACUUCCUAUUUAGAAUAACUAUAUUCUGUGCUUCUCUUG